GUUCUGGUCUUGGCAAGGAGGAGCAUGGCCGAGCAGAUCCCAUUAAAGUCACUCUGAAAAUGGACAAAGCAGGGGUGGGACAUGAUCCUGGGAAAGAAUUUACAGAUCACUGGUGGAUGAGAGCUUUCAAUGAUGCAGCAAAAAAGAUUGGAACAAAAAAACAGGCUGAUCCAUCAGAAAGUGCUGAAACAAAGAAAGAAAAAGAGACAUCAGACAGAAAAAAGAGGUUUUAUGCUCAAUUUGUAAAGAGUUCAGUUUUGGCUAAUGGUGUGGAAGAGAAGGAUGAAGAUGCAGAAUCUAGCAGCGAAGAUGAGGAUUCCACUCCGCAGGAGAGUUUGCCUACGCUAGAUGACCUUCACAAGUUUUGUGGUGGAGCCACAGGACAUAGGGCAGCAAUGUUUGGCUUCAAGAUGAAAGGGAAACUGGGCAGAGUUGCAGCUCAUGACCGAAUGUUUGAGGAGAAAUUGAAAUCCGACAGUCAGUCUUUGGUCGUUGGUUCUAUUGAUACAAAGCUUGAUGAAACUGAAAGGGAUAGCCCUAGUACUGACAAAAAGAAAAAGCGUAAGAAAAGCAAAAAUAGGGUGUCCUCAGAUGCUGAGGUAGGCUCAUCCAAAGUGAAUGAUGAGAAUGUUGACAUAGCGGAUGAUGUUUCGAAUGUGAAAACAAAGAAGAAGAGAAGAAAACGAGAUCAAGAAGAAAGCUCUUCAAAUGAGGCUGCUGUCAAAGGCAAAGAAAACAGGAACAGCUGUGAUGAUGCUCCAAGGCCUGAUGUAGAAAAAAAAGAGACAUGCUUGUCUGCGGAGACUAUUGUGUGUGCAGAUGAAUCCGGCUCUAAAACAAAGAGAAAAAAGAAAAGCAAAUCAGUAGCGGAGGACCUGCCUGUGACAAAUGUCGAGCAGACAGAUGAUAGUCAGAUGAAAGAGAAGACAAAAAAGAAGAAAAGGAAAAAUGAAACUAUAGAAAUAGAUGAUGAAAGCGCACCUGCCAAGAGUGAGGUGGGGGACCGUCUGAAUUCCUCCCAAGAUGGCAACUCCUUGGAGGGAGCAGGAAAAAGGACAACAGAUGAUUGCCCCUUGAGUCUGGAACAGCCAAGUGAAGAUCAGAUGAAAAUCAAGAAGAAGAAGAAGAAAAGGAAACAUGAGACAGCAGAAGUAGAUGAUGAAAGUACACUUGACAAGGGAGAAGUGGAAGGUAGUGUAAAUUCUUCAUCAAAUAGUAGUAAAGUGAGCAAGAAAAAGAAGAAAAAAAAAGAAAAAGAAUGAUUUGUCAACUGUUUUCAUCAUGGAAUGAUUUGUAAA